AUAUCUAUCACACAUCUUCUUCGAUCAUCAUACGAUUCAUAUCCACCUAUCAUUUGGAAUUUUGGAUUUGGGAGUAUACUCCAUAGUUCACACUUGACCAUGAAAAGCCGCACUCCUCAUCAAUUGUCGCUCAGCUCUCUCCACUUUCUGUUCUUUCUUUCUAUUAUCGUCCUUGCAGUUCCUUCCUAGUUCCUACCCAGAACUUUUUAACAGAGCCCUUUCUCAUUUCGUGCUAAAAUGUCCCUUGCUCUCUCCCCAAGUGGGUACACCGUCUGUUCUCCAAAGGGUCAGAUCUUCAAACGAUGCUUCUCUCUUCAUUUGAAAAAUGAUUUUCAGGUAAGCCCAAUUCCUUAUGCUCUUCCAUUUCUGCCUCUAUAUUCAUCAGAAUCGUGUAAAUUUAGCAGAAGAAAACACUACCAUGUUACAGCUUCAACCUCAGCCACUGCCCAAAUCAUCUCUUCUUCAUUCAGAGACAAAACCCCUAAAGACAUCAAUGUUUUGGUGGUGGGCUCAACUGGGUACAUUGGAAAAUUUGUGGUUAAGGAGUUAGUUGAUCGAGGUUUCAAUGUUAUUGCAGUUGCUAGAGAGAAGAGUGGAAUUAGAGGUAGAAACAGCAGGGAGGAGACCUUAGAUCAGUUGAAAGGAGCCAAUGUGUGCUUUUCAAAUGUGACCCAGCUGGAUACUAUAGAGAAAUCUUUGGAGAAUUUAGGAUUUCAGGUUGAUGUUGUUGUGUCAUGCCUUGCUAGUCGCACGGGCGGUGUGAAGGACUCAUGGAAAAUUGAUUAUGAGGCGACGAAAAACAGUCUUGUUGCCGGUAGGAAUUGUGGGGCGUCACAUUUUGUUUUGCUGUCAGCAAUUUGUGUACAGAAGCCCCUUUUGGAAUUUCAGCGUGCAAAGCUGAAAUUCGAAGCCGAAUUGAUGAAAGAAGCCAGAGAGGAUGAGGGUUUUACUUAUAGUAUUGUGAGGCCAACAGCAUUUUUUAAGAGUUUGGGAGGGCAGGUUGAAUUGGUGAAAGAUGGAAAGCCUUAUGUGAUGUUUGGUGACGGGAAGUUGUGCGCUUGCAAGCCCAUCAGUGAACAGGAUUUGGCUUCAUUUAUUGCAGACUGUGUGUUGAGUGAAGAUAAGAUUAAUUGUGUUUUGCCAAUUGGCGGGCCGGGAAAGGCAUUGACACCAUUGGAGCAGGGGGAGAUAUUGUUUAGAAUUCUCGGGAGAGAGCCCAAGUUUUUGAAGGUGCCGAUUGGUAUAAUGGAUUUUGCUAUUGGAGUACUUGAUUUCCUUGUAAAGAUAUUUCCUUCCAUGGAAGAUGCUGUUGAGUUUGGGAAAAUAGGCAGGUAUUAUGCUGCUGAGAGUAUGUUGAUUUUGGAUCCAGAGACAGGAGAAUAUAGUGCUGAGAAGACACCAAGUUAUGGAAAAGAUACAUUAGAAGAAUUCUUUGAGAGGGUGCUGAGGGAAGGAAUGGCUGGUCAGGAACUAGGGGAACAAACAACUUUUUAGAUGUUCCCAUCCAGUUUAAAGUUUGUAAAUUCGAGUCAUCAAUUGGACUGAUUUUGUUGUAACCUGAUCUACUUUAAGGUAUGUCACGUAUGGUUUGUGUGUAUAAAAACUGAUCUUGGUUGUGCAGUUUUGCAAAUGAAUUCGUUAAUUUGUUAAA